AGAGAUUUGAUUGAAUGAAUGUGUGGUACUUAGAUGUCUUGACUAUUCAAAAUCCCAGUCUAUUUUCUCCUAGAAGUCCUCCGAUGAUGGUGGACUAAAUUAAAUGAAGGCCAUGAAUCAUCUAUGGAUCUAAAGGAGCCACAAAGGCAUGAUGAUGAACACUAUUUCCAGUUUGGUAGAUGGAAAUCAUAGUAUCUUUGAUGCCUGACAUCAUGGAACAUAUAUUGUAUAUACACAAGAUUCCAGAGCUCUUUCUCCUCCUUUGCUCUAUAAAUACCACCCCUUCCCCAAGCUCCAAUUCCCUUUCCCCCUCUCCUCUUCUUCCUUGCUUAGCUUUCUGCAGGUCCUGCUGCUUUGUUCUUCUCUAGCCUUCUUCCUGUUGUCAUCCCCAUGGCUCCAGUGGCCCUGCUUUUGAGUUUUCUUGGGUUCUCAAUCUAAAAUCGAAAACCCAACAGCUGAAUUCUUUGUUCUUGCUGCUGCUUUUGCUUUCUACUUUGGCUGACCUCCCUAUUCUUGAUCUUUCUGCAGUUAUCUACUAGGGAAACUCUGCCAAAAUUUUCUCUAAAGAUUCUGCAAACAAGCUUCAAAAUCUGACCUUUUCUUGAUCUUUGGUGUAAAGAUACCACCUUGCUGCCGAAAACUGAGGGGAAUUCCGUGUUCUAUCAGCUCCAAGAUUUGAUCUUUGUAUCCUGAAGACUCCUGUGUGUUUGUCACAUGCAGCAUCUGUUGCUCUUGACGUUUCUAAUUGAUGUCGCUUAUCCUAAGUGAGAUCCUUCUCUCUGGGUUUAUGAUCAACAUCACGCUCAGGCGCAGGACCCAUCUCGCUCAGUCCUUCUCUGUUGUCUUCCUUUACUGGUUUUAUGUGUUUUCAUGAGCUCGUUCUGAGAUCUACAUAUAUACAUAUAUAUAUAUAUACAUAGAAUCUCCUAGUUUUCUUGAUAGUAUUUGUCUUGCUAUAUAUUCACACUAUUCAGCUAUAUUUCCAACCAAUAUAUACUCUUUGCUUGAGCACUACCAUUAAAAUUUAUAUAGGCUAGUAAGAAAAAGAAUAUCAUUUUCACUGCAAAAAGACAAAGCUUCUAUGGCUUCUCCUGUUGGAACACCUUCUGGGUCCAGCCUGCUGCAAAAGUCAGCUUCCGAAGAGGAUCUGCAGGCAGUGAUGAACCUUAAGAUGCAGAAGAGAAAGAUAUCGAACCGUGAAUCUGCGAGGCGGUCCAGGAUGCGCAAGCAGAAGCAUUUGGAUGGUCUCACCGCGCAGAUCGGCCAGCUGAGGAAGGAGAACAGCCAGAUCUUGACAUCCUUCACCCUCACCACGCAGCGGUUUUUUGCAGUGCAGGCCGAGAACUCUGUCCUGAGGACGCAGAUGGUGGAGCUCAGCAACAGGCUGCAGUCUCUCAAUGACAUCCUCCACUGCUUGAAAGCAAAAUAUAGCAUCAGUAGUGGCCCCAUGAUCACUGAUGACUUCAUCAAUCCGUGGAACCUCAUGCGCAUGAACCAGCCGAUCAUGGCUUCAGCCGAGAACAUGUUUCAGUACUGAAAGAUAAGAAUCCAUCAAUGAUGUAAAAGCGAAGGCUGCUGCCUGUGCUGUUGCUGUCGGUGCUUUUAGAGCUUCAAAUGCUCAAACUGUAUAAAAUUCCAGUAUGUUAAGACCAAAAGUUGUAUGAAUGGUAUAAAGGGAAAGCUUGGUCACA